UUUCGCUGUAACCCUCGCGGACGUCGAUCGUCGGUGAAAUGGUCGCUCCAUUAUACAAACUUCUCAGCUGUAUCCUUAGUCUUAUCCAUAUAGUAAAAACUGACCUCGAUCCUCGCAACCAAUUUGCAAAUUUCACUUUCAAAGAUUACCUUCAAAAGUUUAAACCUAGUCUUAUUUGGAGAAAAAUCGAAGAAAACAACAAAAUCAACGGUAUAAACAAAACUUUCAAAGAUGAAUUCGAAAAUAUGUACAAAAAUAUAGACGAAUCUGUAGAGCUCUUAAAUUUAAAAGUUAAAAACGGUGACCCUAAAAUAAUAUUACGUAGAGACGGCAGGCGAUGGAAGCCUCCAGGGAACGUUGUAUCAAAUAAAUUCGAUCCUUUCAGCUUAAAACAUAGGUUGUUUGAAUUAAUGAAACAAGCGAUAUACCAAGCGAGAAGUAAAAUGGUUAUCAUGCAAGUAAAAAGAGAGAAGUACAAUAUGAUAUCACUGUACAAAAUGGGAUUUUUAAUAAGCAAAACAGACACCGCAUGCAAAACAUUUGCAAGUUUUGCAUAUAAGGCGUUCAAGUCGUGUACUUUGUCCAGACAAGGUGCUAUCUUCAAUUAUCCUUUGAUUGAUAAGUUGGAAGCAAACGAAAGACUAUUAGAUCUGUGGUUUGAUAUAGACCUACUAAUUGAUUUGGUUACCGUUAAUCAUGAAAACUGCAAGCGAAUGUUAAAUCAAAUAUUGACCAAUAGGAAGCAUGCGUGGAAAUUUACCGAUUAA